UGUCCGACUAUCAUCGUAGUAAGACUCCAAAUGUACUGUACUUUGAAUUUUCAUUCAGGUAACGAAAACAUGCACAAAAUUUCGUCCCAUGGAAGACAUGCACUAAGAGUUGAAUUGUCAGACUUUGAUAACCAAGAUAGAUAUGCGGAGUAUAAAACGUUUUCAAUUGGUGACGAACAGGAUGGAUACCAGAUUGCUGUUAGUGGUUAUUCUGGAAAUGCUGGAGAUUCUUUAAUUUAUGGCCACAGUGGUAUGAAGUUUUCAACUUUUGACAGAGACAAUGACUAUUAUUCUCAAAAAAACUGUGCAGAACUUCAUGGUGGGGCGUGGUGGUAUGCAAGAUGUUAUGCUUCCAAUCUAAACGGAAAAUACUUGCCUGGUCGAAUUGAUUACAGUGUGAGCGGAGACAAGUCCAUUGUAUGGCAUUCAUGGCAUGGCGAUGACUACGGUUUAAAAUCAACAAAAAUGAUGAUUAGGAAAUACUGA